CAAAUCAAAACCCGCCGUCCGCAGGCCCAUCAACGUCCCCUCUCGCACGGGCCACACAGGCCCCAACACGCAGCCUGACAGACCGGGAUGGCGGUUUUCAUCCAUCGUCGCCCCGCACCAUGCCCCUGAGGCAGCUGCUCCACCCGAAUCCGGCCCCUACACCUCACAGAACACGCCCCCCCAGCCACAACAGCAUUCCGGGGAGCAUCCUCCCUCAGCGGCUCCGGACAUGGCCGCGAAGGCUGGCGAAGGGAAAGCAGCCAUGGGGCCGCCUUCAGAGUGCCGGCCACGCAGCCCACCCAGCCCUCACAGGAGCCCUCGCCUUGGCAGUCCUGUGCAGGAGUGGAUCAAGAGUGUGCAUGAGCUGGAGAGGGCAGGGCAGCCGCAUCUCGAGGAUUACUAUGCUGUGUCGCUGCCUAAGGAGUCUGACGCCAAGCCCAAGAUCAAUGGGAUUGUGUCGGAGCUGCAGAGAGCCACAGAGAGCGCUGCAAGGCAAAGCAGGAGGGAGAGAAGACAGCUGCACUCUGCAUCUGAUGAGAGGAAGAGACAAUCGCACGUCGGCGGUCGACAGAGCAGGGGGGCGACUCGUGGCAGCAGCAGAGUGGAGAGGGAGAUGAGGCUGCCAAUCCUGCAGCAGCAUGACCUGUCAGCCCCGGGCCCUCUGCCAGUUAUCGGCGAGGAGUCGCCAGCUGUGCUGCAGUCGGAGAUGCACAUCCGGUACUAUCAUUACAAGGACGAAGAACACUAUUCCCCGAGACGGCAGCAGGUUGGGCACACCAGCGUGUCACCCCAGACACACAAGCAAGAGCUGCCGCGGAUAUCGACCACGAAACCGGCAACACGCUCACCUGCCGAUCGCGCGAGAAACCCUUACACCGCCACCGUGGUGCCCCCCCCGGAGCUGCCGAGGCCGAGGACAAAAUGCCCCCCUCCCCACACCAACAGAGGCCACAAGACUGCCAGGGCAGAGCCACUGCCCCUGUUGCUGCAGCGGAGCCCUCUUGCGAAGUCUCUUGUCCAAGAAAUGUACGAGCAGAAGGGCCGAGCUGAGCUGUGGAAGAAACUGGAGCAGGAGACGGCCCACAAGAAGGGCAUGAAGGGGGUGCUGCUGGUGGAGCUGAGCAUGCCUGAAGGGGGCGGGGAGGACCUCAGCAGCAGUGGCCGGCCUGGGAGCCGGUAUGUGGUUGAGCUGAGGGUGAUGACGGGAGGUGGCGGGGCGAGGUUCAGAGGGCACCUGGGGUCCAUGUCUGCAAGGGGGGAGGAUGACGCGAGGAGGAGGACACGUCAGGUGGCGGUCGUGCCACUGUUUGAGGUGACUGCAGCAGCAUGCACACACAUGAACAGAGAGAAUCACAGGCUCUUCUCGUUGUCUGCAGGGUCCCUCUUCUGAGCGGGUGUCUCUGCACCCAUUCCACGUUGACGACAUCCACUCCGAGUCCCUCAGCGUGUCCCUCAUGCAAGUGUCAUCCCCCCACUCCACACGCACAGCGGCACCCAGCCAGAGCCAGCACUCCCGAUCCUCGCCAAACCUCUUCCCGUCAGGCGAGCAACAGGGCCCCACUGUGAUCCACUCGCGGCACAUCCCCCUGCAGCAGAUCGUCACCCACCCCCCACGAGCCAAGCCCAUCGAGGGCGCACUCACCAACCCCAGCCCGCCGUUCUUCGCGCUGCCCUUCCGGCUGGGAUUCUUCUCGGAGGCUGCGUGGAAAGAUGUAGAAGACAGGAUGAGCGCCGGGGAGACAUUGGACCCGUUUGAGGGGUUGGGUGAGUCGAUCAAGGGUGAGAGGGAGAGUGUGCUGCCCCGCCGGCCGUCGGCACGCAAGUCUGUGGCGGCCCCACAGCCACCCCCGUCAGCGAGAAGACGGUCAUACAAGCCGAGAACGAAGCUGCACCAUCGAGGUGAUGACGCUGGCGCGCCACCGAGUAUCGCACCGCCUCCUGAGAGAAUGGGGAAAGGGGAGGUUAGCAAGGCGUCUGCUGGGCUGAAGAAGAGGCGGCAGCUGAAGGUGGUCAAGUAUGAGGACAACCGGAACGACCAAAUCGGGGAGGCCCCUCGGUCGCAUGCCGACACGGAGACACUGCCCAUCCGCGAUGGAGAAGACGACGAGACGCCGCCGCCAGAAGCCGUGGUCGCAUCUGAGGUGCUGGGCGAGAUCUGCAGGAGGGCCACAGGCGAUUUUGAGAAGAUGGCCGAGGAGACGGAGGCAGUGCCAGCGCAUCAGCAGGAGCCCCCCCACUCCCGUCAACCAGACAAUGACAAUGACAAUGACGACAAUUCCCCCCAGCAAUUGUUCGACGACGGCAUGGACGACAUCUUCGUGGUGCUCGAGUGCGCCAUAAAGCUGCAGGCCUUUGCCCGUGCUGCUUUGGCAAGGAAGCGGUUUCGCAAGCUGAGGAGGGCGAUGCAGGUGAUGGCUGCGUUGAGGAUACAGCGGAGAUGGCUGACGAAGAAGAGGCGGGAGCAUGGAGGCGGUGAGGAUGAUGGCGGGACUGUGGUGGUGGACGAGAAAAUUGUUGCGGGCGGUGGAUCAGCUUGAUGAUGCAGGAGGCGGCAGG